AUGAGUCUUUUAGUAUGGAACUAUCGUGAGCUUGGGAACCUAUGUAUAGAAGAUCAGCUUGUAGAUUUUGUGUGGGCAAAAGAUCCCUCUGUCGUGUGUUUAGCCAAGACAUGGACAGAAGCAAGGCUAGAACAGGUUCAAAGAUGUGUUCAAUUUAAAAAUCUAUUUGUGGUUCCUAGAUGUAAUAAGGCGGGAGGGUUGGUGAUUUUAUGGAAGGAAGGAUUUCCCUUGGAGGUUGAAAAAUAUUCAAAGAAUUAUAUUGAUACAGUCAUUAACAAAGGCAAGGAGAAUGCUUGGAGGUUCACUAGGUUUUAUGGAGAAUCGGACACCAAUAAGAGACAUGAAGCAUGGUCCAAGCUACGAGCUCUAAAAAACUGUGGGUCUAUACCUUGGUUGUGUGUGAGGGACUUUAAUGAAAUCACACAACAGUCUGAGAAGCAAGGUGGGCGAUCUCGGCCUUAUCAUCAAAUGCAGGCCUUUAGGAAUAUACUUGAUGAGUGCGGAUUUAUGGAUCUUGAUUUUGUUGGUUUUCCAUUCACUUGGCACAAACACUAUCCCAAUUUUACUAUAUGGGAAAGACUAGACCGAGCAGUUGCUACUAAUGAGUGGUUCUCAAUGUUUGCAGGUACAAAGGUGCACCACCUAGAUGUCACAUCUUCAGAUCAUAAAGCAUUAUGGAUUUCACCAGAGCAUAUGAAUUGCAGUUUUCAAAAACCCUUCCAUUUUGCACAAAUGUGGAUGACUGAAAAGGGUUGUAGUGACACCGUGGAAGCUAUGUGGAGUAUAAAUUCCAAUGAGUCAUGGGAUACCCAUGAGCUAAGGAAGCUUGAGACAUGUGGGGCGGCUUUGUCUAAGUGA